ACAAGACCAGUUCCUUUCCUAUCUGAACUGAAAACCCCGAAAACCCUAGAAUUUCAGAAUCUAAGAGUCAGAGAUUGAAAUUUAGAGAAGAAGCAAUGGAGUUCGACGAGUACGAUUACUUGGAGAAGACAGUGGAGGAGCAAGAAGAGAGAGACUCGACGAGGAAGAAGAAGGAGAGCAGCGACAAGAGCGAAAGGAGCUACAGGAAGCGCGAUGAGGUGGACGAUGUCGCCGAAGACAAGAGGAGCAAGAGGUCAAGGGGCGACGACGAGAAUGGCUCCAAGAAGGAUAAGAAUCGUGAUGAUCGCGACAAGGAGCGCCAUAGGAGUAGCAGAGACAGGGAAAGAGGUGAGAGGAGUAGCAGGGACAGAGAUAGAGACAGGGACAGAGACAGAGACAGAGACAAAGAGAAGGAUAGGAGAGACAGGGACAAAGAGAGGGAGAAGAGAGAAAGGGACAGAGACAGAGAGAGAAAGGAGAGAGAAAGGGAAGAGAUAGAGAGGUCCAGGAGGAGCAGGAGUCGUUCUGAGCGAGACAGAGAGAGAGAACGAGAUUUCGAAAUGAGAGAUGGCCGGAGAUAUAGGGAAAAGAAAGAGGCUGUGGAGCCUGAGGCAGAUCCAGAAAGGGAUCAGAGAACUGUUUUUGCCUACCAGAUGCCCUUGAAGGCAAUGGAGAGGGAUGUUUAUGAAUUCUUCUCAAAAGCUGGCAAGGUGAGGGAUGUCCGUCUGAUCAUGGAUAGAAACUCAAGACGAUCUAAAGGAGUUGGGUAUAUUGAAUUUUAUGAUGCAAUGUCAGUGCCAAUGGCAAUUGCUCUCUCUGGCCAACUUCUUCUUGGACAACCUGUAAUGGUCAAGCCUUCUGAGGCUGAAAAGAACCUUGUUCAAUCUAAUACCACAAGUGGAGCUGCUGGUGUAGCAGGACCAUAUGGAGCUGUGGACAGAAAACUGUAUGUGGGGAACCUUCACUUCAACAUGACUGAGAGUCAGUUGAGAGAGAUUUUUGAGCCAUUUGGUCCAGUGGAUCUUGUACAACUGCCUCUUGACCUGGAGACCGGACAGUGCAAGGGAUUUGGGUUUAUUCAAUUUUCCCAUCUUGAGCAUGCCAAGGCUGCUCAGAGUUUAAAUGGAAAAUUGGAAAUUGCUGGCAGGAUUAUCAAGGUUUCAUCUGUAACAGAUCAUGUGGGAAGCCAAGAUACAACUGCAAAAUCAGCUGACUUUGAUGAUGAUGAAGGUGGAUUGGCCUUAAAUGCCCAAUCGAGAGCAUUGCUUAUGCAGAAGCUGGAUCGCUCUGGCAUUGCUGCAAGCAUUGGUGUACCCAUUGUGAAUGGGUCAGCUCCUGCUCAGCAGGCUAUUAGCUUGCCUGUUGGUAAUCCUGGUAUAAUACCAGCACCAGCUCUCCCAAUACAAAUUAUACCGACCCCAGUGACUGAACCUGUUGGAAACCCCAGCGAGUGUUUACUGUUGAAGAAUAUGUUUGAUCCAACCACUGAGACAGAACCAGAUUUUGAUUUAGACAUCAAAGAGGAUGUAGAAGAAGAGUGUUCUAAAUAUGGGCGCGUGAAGCAUAUUUAUGUUGACAAAAGAAGUGCAGGUUUUGUGUAUUUGCAGUUUGAAAUGGUGGAAGCAGCAAGUGCUGCUCAACGUGCAAUGCACAUGAGGUGGUUUGCACGCAGAUUGAUUUCUGCUGUCUACAUGCAACCUCAUAUAUAUGAAGCCAAGUUUAAAGGGGAAGUUUGAAGAAAUGCUUACAGGCGUUGUGGCUCUUGAAGAGGAUGAUCUGCAUAUUUUUCUCAUUAGUUUUCAGAAAUUGAGUUUUAGUUUAUAAAUUUUGACUGAUUACUUGUGUUAUUAGAUGUAUGAUUACAGAAAUUUACUGUGUAGUUGGUGAUAUUCAUAAAUGUAUUUUAACCACAGUGCCGUGUCUUUCAUUUUGUUUAUAUUCUUGUUUACUAGA